AACGCAGCACUUUUGCAAUGCAGCCCACAGAAUAAAGGCUACCUGGCAACUUUGACGCAAGGUAUCCAUUUCGGAGCCGAGGCCGCGACUCGUCCGCAGGUCGGCCGCAGAGACAGCGCCAGCGCUUCGGGAGCGACCAUGGCGAGCGGCUGCGAGGGAGCCGAGCGGCCGCUGCCCUUCCGAGUGGAGGAGGUGCCCGAGGACGAGAUAAAGCGGCUGCAAGGCCUCGGCUUCGAGGACUACCCUCAGCUCGUGAGAACCGAGCCCACCUUGGCCUACUUCAGACCCUCGUACGCCCGCCUGGCCAGCGCCUUCUACAACUUCGAGUUCCGGCCCGACGAUGUGGUGGUCCUGACCUACCCGAAGUCCGGAACCAACUGGACCUCGGAGCUGGUGUGGGCGCUGAGGAACCCGGAGGCGCUCCACCUGGGGGAGCGCGUGGCGGCCAGCGAGCGUUGCUUCUUCAUCGACAUGGACAUCCACCGCCCCACCCUCCCCGCCGAGGGCGACCCGACGUACCAGCGGUUCGUGGCGACGUGUCCCAAGGGGCGCGUGGAGGACGGCGUGCAGCUCCAGCUGGCGGCCGCGCACAAGGACCCCAGGGUGAUCAAGACACACCUGCGCUUCGACCUCCUUCGGCAGGAUCUCCUGGACACGUGCAAGGUAGUAUACACCGUUCGAAAUCCAAAGGACACAUGCGUUUCUUACUUCCAUCACUCUAGCAACAAUAUAAGAAGCAAAUUCAAGGGAGAUUUCUCUAACUUUGUCGAGGCUUACAUAAGCUACGGAAUAAAUUACGGGUCCUAUUGGGACCACAUCAGGCAGGCUUGGCAACGCAAGGGUCACAGGAACCUUCAUAUCAUGUUCUACGAGGAUUUGAAGACGGAUAUCCAUGGCGAACUGAGGAAGCUGGCGAAUUUCCUGCAACUCGAUCGCGAUGACGAUCAGCUGAAAGCUGUAGCUGAGCAUGCGAGCUUCGAGCAGAUGAAAUCUCGCCACGAGCGCCUCAGCACUAACCCCAUGAUCCGCAACUUCUUCCGCAAAGGGCAGGUCGGAGACUGGAAGAACGCUGCUUCUGAGGAGCUGAACAACAAAAUGGAUGAGUGGAUUCGGGAAAAUUGUCAUGGCCUUGACAUUUCAUUCAAAUAUGAAUAGUUGCUGGAAUAAACAGUGUGCUUAUUUUUCACUCUUACAUUUUAUUAUUAUUCAUCUUUUUUAAGUGUAUGUAAAAUCUAUUAAUUCACAUUUAAGAGAAGGUAUAUUGAGUUGAUAUUCGAAGUGUUCCAAAUAAAGUCAUCUGUAUUU